GCCGUGCAGGGAGAGACGGCGGCUCGGCGGGGUCAUCCAAGCGCAGGCGCAGUGCGGUGUUUGUCUGCCGGACUGACGGGCGGCCGGGCGGUGCGCGGCGGCGGCGGGGAAGAUGGCGGCGUCCUCCCUGGAGCAGAAGCUGUCCCGCCUGGAAGCAAAGCUGAAGCAGGAGAACCGCGAGGCCCGGCGGAGGAUCGACCUCAACCUGGAUAUCAGCCCCCAGCGGCCCAGGCCCACCCUCCAGCUCCCUCUGGCCAAUGAUGGGGGCAGCCGCUCACCGUCCUCCGAGAGCUCCCCACAGCACCCCACACCCCCUGCCCGGCCCCGAAACAUGCUGGGGCUUCCGUCAACCUUGUAUAUGCCCCGCAGCAUGGAGAGCAUUGAGAUUGACCAGAAGCUGCAGGAGAUCAUGAAGCAGACGGGCUACCUGACCAUCGGGGGCCAGGUACCACCCUUGCCCUGGCCCCCUGGGGGGUGGGCAACACGGGCCGCGGGACUAGGUAGGGGGGGCAGUGCCGAGGGCUGGCGGGUCCUCCAGCUCUGGCUGUCCUUCCAGCGCUACCAGGCAGAAAUCAACGAUCUGGAGAACCUGGGGGAGAUGGGCAGCGGCACGUGCGGCCAGGUGUGGAAGAUGCGCUUCAGGAAGACGGGCCACGUCAUCGCCGUCAAGCAAAUGCGGCGCUCCGGGAAUAAGGAGGAGAACAAGCGGAUCCUCAUGGACCUGGACGUGGUACUCAAGAGCCAUGACUGCCCCUACAUCGUGCAGUGUUUCGGCACCUUCAUCACCAACACGGAUGUCUUCAUCGCCAUGGAGCUCAUGGGCACGUGUGCCGAGAAGCUCAAGAAGCGGGUGCAGGGCCCCAUCCCCGAGCGGAUCCUGGGCAAGAUGACGGUGGCGAUCGUGAAGGCUCUGUACUACCUGAAGGAGAAGCACGGCGUGAUCCACCGUGACGUCAAGCCCUCGAACAUCCUGCUGGACGAGCGGGGCCAGAUCAAGCUCUGUGACUUCGGCAUCAGCGGCCGUCUCGUCGAUUCCAAGGCCAAGACACGCAGCGCCGGCUGUGCCGCCUACAUGGCCCCGGAGCGCAUAGACCCUCCGGACCCCACCAAGCCAGACUACGACAUCCGGGCCGAUGUGUGGAGCCUGGGCAUCUCCUUGGUGGAGCUGGCGACGGGACAGUUUCCCUACAAGAAUUGCAAGACAGACUUUGAGGUCCUUACCAAAGUCCUGCAGGAAGAGCCCCCGCUCUUGCCCGGCCACAUGGGCUUCUCAGGGGACUUUCAGUCCUUCGUCAAAGACUGCCUUACUAAGGAUCACAGGAAGAGACCAAAGUAUAAUAAGCUACUUGAACACAGCUUCAUCAAGCGCUACGAGAUGCUGGAGGUAGACGUGGCGUCCUGGUUCAAGGACGUCAUGGCGAAGACUGAGUCACCGAGGACUAGCGGAGUCCUGAGCCAGCACCACCUGCCCUUCUUCAGGUAGCCACGUGGUGGCGGCCAGCCCCACCGGGGGCCGGGGGCAUGGCCACAGGCCCCCCUUCCCCACCUGGCCACCCAGCUGCCCGCCAGGGGAGACCUGGGACCUGGACGGCUGCUGAGGGCUGAGGACAGAAAGUAGGGGGUGCCGACCCACCCCCGACCCCCUGCCCACCAGCCGUGGACAGAUGGGCUCGCCAGGCCCCAGCCCUUCCCGUCCCGGGGUCAGCCGGCCUCCCGGGGUCAGCCGGCCGUGCGCGUCCCCCUGACAGACACUGUGAACGGAAGACAGCAGGCCACGAGCAGACUCGCUAUUUAUUCAGUCGUAACCUCUGGGCCGGGGCGGCCCCCAGGGGCCGGGAGAGAGCCGCCUGCCCGUCCUGCCCCUUCCCCCCCACUCGCCGUGUGCCGUUCCCUCCGCCUCCCGCCUCCCACUGCAGACAUGCUCCCUGCCUCCAUCCCCCCUCUCUCUCAUCCCCUGUCUACCUCUCUGGCUUUCCCCUUCUCCCUCCUUGCCUCUGCCUCUCUCCUGGCCCACACCCGGGCUCUGCCCUCCCACCGCCCCGGGGACUCCUGGGUCCACUUAAGUCUCCGGCAGUGGCGAGUCCGUCGGCCGGUGUCCUCGCCCCAGGAAGGCAGGCUGGGCAUUACGGCUGCAGCUGGGCGUGGGCUGGUCUCUCUCUCUCUCUCUCUUUCUCUCUCUGUCUCUCUUUGAUCUCAGGGGGUCCUUUUUGGAGUUUAUUGUAUUUUAUUGUACUUGGUGGGGUGUUUGGGGUGGGGGGGCAAAGAGCUUGUUCUCACGGGGUUUGUCGGUACCUUCAGAAACUUUUACCAAAGUCAUGCUUAGCUGCUUGUGGUGGAGCCCCCUGACUGCCUGUGGAUACAGGUGUCUGGGGCGGGGGGGGGGGCACGAGCCCCAAAGGUGGGCUCUGGGGGGCUCCUCCUCCCUCGGGGCCAGCCCUUGGGGCUGGAGACUGGCCACAGCUCGGUGGAGUGAGUUGAGGACCUCAGGGGGCGUGGAGGGAGCCCAAGGGGCCAUGGCCACACAGGGUGGCCUUCAGGGAAGGCGGGCGCAGGGCACGGUGAGGGCAGCGGACGCUGUUGCGGCAGGGAGGUGGUGGAGGGGGUUGGUGGCAGGAGUGGGGCCCUAGGGCCCCGGGGAGGCAGGGAUGGAGGGUGCAAGGGGCGGGUGUGGGGGUUCGAGGACGUGUGACAGGACAGAGGUGGGGCUGGCUGAGGGCUGGGCGUGUGCAGGCAGUCACGCCCUUGGAGUGCCCCUGAGCGCCCCUUGACUCUCCCAGAGCUGGCCAGUCCGCCCCACUCUGCAGCAGCCAGAAGGGGAGGGGGUGUGUUUCCUUUUUGUUGGUGAUGCAUGCAAAUCAAGUGGACAACACAACAAAACCAGAAACCCACAGAACCACAAAACCACCAAAGGUGAGGAGCGUGGCUGGACGUGGCGGACGCAGUCUAGGCCUAGGCGUCACUGUGUCCUGUCUGUCCUGUUGACUCUCGUUCCUGCUCCACACUCACAGAACGCCGCAUGUUCAAAAGUACUCGAGUUCUCUGCUCUGUGCCCCCCACCCGGGAGGGGAAGUGCUGCCUUCUCUUGCCCCGGUCCCCUUUGUGAGGGGAUGGGGGCAGGGUGCAGGGCCCACAGGCCUGGUCCCCCACCCUCCCUCACCUGGCCCAGCCAAGGGGGGGCAGGGAGGCCUUUGUGGGUAGCUGGAAGGUUCCGUGGCUGGGCGCAGGGCCAGCUGAGGCCCUGGGCCAGCCACCUGGAUUUAUUUUUAUUUAACUAUUUUCUGUUUUGUGAGUGCGUCUGCCCGCCCCUGCCCCGCUUCCGUGUGAAGUGGGGUUUCUGGGGGAACCUCCUCUUCCCCUCUGCCUCUUUCCUGUCCUCUCCCUCUGUCGCCAGUCACCAGCCAUCCUUCUUGACCAGGCAGAGGGUGGAGUGGGCAGGCAGGGGCCUGGGGUGGCCUAGCAUAGGCCGCCAGCCCACAACCCCUUCUCUGGUCGCCAGUAUUCCUCCAGCCCUUUUUAAAACGAAAUGCCCUCAUUUGUAAAUCCGUAGACGCUUGAGAAUAAACCCCUCCCUUUUCUUCCA